AUGGCCCCUCUAGCUCCGACCGAGAUGUUGAAAACCGAAGAUAUCGUUGUCGAUGGCAUGGUACCAAUACCAGUAUCUCAACUCGACUUUCGAAGCGAUGCCGAAAUCAUUGCGAAGCUAAACACAUACCAACCCAUUACCUCAGAGAAGAAUGUUUGGGGGUUUUGGGACAAAGGGUUUGAACAUAUGCCGGCAUGGACUAAACGAAACGUGAUCAAUUGGGUUCGUCGUCUUGGGCCAACAUGGACAGUUAGAGUAGUGAAUCUAGCCACCGGAUCUAACAAUAAUGUGUUUCAAUAUAUUCCAAUGUCGGCAAGGAAAGAGUUCCCACCAGCUUUCAACAAUAGAAAGAUGAGCGGUAAAGGGGCUGGUCAACAUGCCGGAGAUCUUGUCAGGCUUGUUGUGUUGUACCAUUUUGGUGGUGUAUAUAUGGACGUCGGUACUAUGCUGUUCCGAACUCUCGAUGAUAUUUGCUGGUCUGCUAUCGAAGAUUCAAGAACUCCAUAUAAAGUCGCUGGAUUCGCUUUGCAAUUCCGCAGAUAUUUCGGACAGAUGAUGAAUAAUUUUAUCGCGUGCCAGAAACACAACCCAUUCAUCAGAAGAUGGCAUGAGAUAUAUGUCAAGAUGUGGGGCAAUAGUACCGACGUUACAAACAUCCAUCGACAUCCUUUAGUACGCCAUUUAGGACUACUAAGGCCAGAUGAUCCGACAUUUGGGGAGAAUCCCGAUUACGAAGCUUUCACCGACUAUGCUUCUCAUUUUCUCGCAUAUGAACGAUUACGUUUGCUUCGAGAACCCGGUGAGAAGGGGUUUGAUGGUGCUUCUUACUUCAAAGAGCAUUUUUUCCUAUUAGAUGCUUGGCCGGAGAUGUAUCGUGACCAAGACGUCAUAGACGGAGAAACGAUGUUCGAAUUGCUAAAUACUGUACGAGAUACCUCCUCAAACGCAUCAAAUAGGGAUCUUCAACAAGAAGCAGAGAGAUUCGUUCAUAAUCUCCUGGUGCAUUCAUCCGUUGCAAAAUUCAGUCAGGGAUUCUGGCAGCCCGGUAUGCCACUAGCUGUGACAUCCUUCUGGAAAAGAGCCGGCAAUGAAGAAGCGGAUUCGAGGCCUGGAACUUGGGGUGAAUAUUUAAGAUAUGUGGCGACACAUUUCGAGCAGACGAGAGACUAUCGACAAUGUUUGGUGCCUCUUGUCAUUCCUGAGGAGAUGGACGAAAUUGUGGAGGUUGGAUAUUUGGAAGCGUUGUGA